AUGGCAGCCACUUCGGCUCCAAAUCAUGAUGGGGUCAUGCUAUUGGAAGCUCCAUUUGCAAGGGUACCUCAUGAAGAAUUACGCCGGUACCUUCGUAUGCAACAGAGACUUGUCGAACGUGAUCUAACGUAUUGCUCUACUUCUCUCGAUUCUUUAUCCAAAUCUGCUCGCUUGGAUAUCCCUUCUUUGGCAAAAAAGAGUGGCAGUGAAUUGGAACGUUCGCUUGAUCAAAUGAUUGGACGUAUAAAAGGGUUAAAGAGAAAGCUAGGAUCUGUUCAUGAAUCUGCAGGAUCAACUCUAUCAAGACUGGAUGCUCGUACAGGCCAUCUUAAUGACUUGCAACAAAUUCAAAAUACCUCUUCGCCUGCCUUUGAUGAAUGGUGCAGAACACGAUUGGAUAGAAUGCUGGUCGAUUGGAUGUUACGUAAAGGAUUCACACAAAGUGCAACAAUGCUGGCGAACAAUAGGCACAUCGAGAACUAUGUAGAUUUGAAUCUAUUCACCGAGAUCUCUCGCAUUGAAGGCUCUUUGAUAGGAACAGGCUCAUCGAGCGCAGCAGACGUAGACAGUCAGGAUCAAGCCUCCAACAGCAUACGGUCUUGUACAGCAACUUUGGCAUGGUGCUCAGAGAAUAAGGCAGCCUUGCGAAAGAUACGGUCAACAUUGGAGUUUGAUCUCCGGCUGCAAGAAUUCAUCGAAUUGACUAGAGAUCGAUCUUCGCAAUCAUUACAAGAAGCAAUCAAUUACUCACGAAGAUACUUGUUGCCUUACCUCACCCCUACAGCAACCUCUGCUUCCACCAAAACAGAAGAAAAGGAAGAACGUGAAGAACAGGAACAGCAGGAAUGGAUCCGCAAUCAAGUAGCCAGGGUAAUGGGGUUGCUGGCAUGUGGACCGAGCGGAUGGGCAUAUACGGAUUUGUAUGAUGUUUCAAGAUGGAAUGCACUCCAACAAAAGUUCCGUGCUGCAGCAUUACAGAUUCACAGUUUGCCUCCUCAACCUUUAUUGCAUAUCGCUUUAAGUGCAGGAUUAUCAUCGCUUAAAUUACCGGCAUGCUAUACGGAUGAUCCUUCUCGUGCAAGUGCUAAUGAUAAUUGUCCAGUUUGUGAUUCAAGAGGACUAGGUGUUUUGGCAAAAGAGGUACCUUGGUCGCAUCAUAUCAAUUCUACCUUGGUUUGUGCGAUAAGCGGUAGGAUCAUGAACGAAAAUGAUCCUCCUAUGGCAUUGCCCAAUGGUAGAGUCUACUCUCUUACCGCUUUACAAGAAAUGGCAAUGGCAAGUCAAGAUGGUCAAACGAUCAUUUGUCCACGUACGAUGGGCAGUUUCAAAUUGAACGAUUUACGUAAAGUAUAUAUUUCUUGAAUUUCUUACAUUACCCCACACACACACAUUUGUAUUUAUUCUUUUUCCUCUCUCUCAUAUGAUACCUUACCAUUGGUUCGCAACAAUUCAUGUCAUACAAGCACAUCUUUGGAUCUCAAUUGUAUAGAUAAUAAUCUGUCUAUCUCCUUCCCCUUUCAUUAUGGAAUAUAGAGGAGCUAAUGUACGGUAGAUCCGAU